UAUAUCGGAUAAAGCUGUGAUAUUGAAACUGUUAAGGCGCCCGCCUCGGCUUGAAGGUCAUUUUGACCGCAAAAUUAUGUGAAAUUAUACUUGUCCGUGGGAAAUAAUUUGAAAAUAGCAGAGGAGGCGCGCGAUCAAGAGCUUUAAUGUCACACUGCUGUUCCUGGGCCCAGUAGUCCAGCGUGUGCAGGUCACCUGGACUAGAGAAACAGGGCUGUCUCACAAGUCAUGUCUCUCCUCCUUCGCUGCGUCUCCAGCUGCUCUGUGCCCUUGCUCCAGCAAGGUGCACUGAGGAAGACACCUGGAAGAAGGUGCUUUAGGUCUUUUCCUGUCCUGUGGAACGAACAGGUUUCCAAAGGUGUGCUCUACAAAGACGUAGUUGUUGGCGUCCCCAAGGAGAUCUACAAAAAUGAGCGGAGAGUGGCGGUGUCCCCGGCCGGAGUGCAGGCCCUGGUCAAGCAGGGCUUCGUCGUGCAGGUGGAGAGCGGUGCUGGAGAUGAGGCCAAGUUCUCAGAUGACCAAUACAAAGAGGCGGGCGCCAAGAUAGCUGAUGUGAAGAGUGCCUUUGGCUCGGACCUCAUUCUGAAGGUUAGAGCACCGACAUUUAAUGAGGCCCUUGGACUGCAUGAAGCUGAACUGCUGAAGCCAAAGUCCACUCUUGUAAGCUUCAUCUACCCAGCACAGAACCCUGAGCUCAUGGAGCAGCUCGCCAAGCAGCAGUGCACCGUUUUAGCCAUGGACCAGGUCCCCAGAGUCACCAUUGCCCAGGGAUACGAUGCCCUGAGCUCCAUGGCCAACAUAGCAGGAUACAAGGCUGUUGUGUUGGCUGCGAAUCAUUUUGGAAGAUUUUUCACUGGCCAGAUAACUGCUGCUGGGAAGGUUCCUCCAGCCAAGGUCUUGGUGAUUGGCGGAGGAGUGGCAGGUCUUGCUGCAGCAGGGGCAGCAAAGUCAAUGGGAGCCAUAGUCAGAGGGUUUGAUACCAGGCCAGCUGCUCUGGAACAGUUCAAAUCCUUCGGUGCGGAACCUUUGGAGGUAGAGGUGGCGGAGUCUGGAGAGGGAGUGGGUGGCUAUGCGAAGGAGAUGUCCAAGGAGUUUAUCGAGGCAGAGAUGGCGCUGUUUGCCAGGCAAUGCAAGGAAGUGGACAUUCUCAUCAGCACUGCUCUCAUUCCAGGCAAGAGAGCCCCCAUCCUCAUCAAGACGGACAUGGUGGAGUCCAUGAAGGAUGGCUCUGUGGUGGUCGACCUGGCUGCUGAAGCUGGGGGCAACAUUGAGACCACCAAACCUGGAGACUUGUAUGUUCACAAGGGGGUGACGCAUAUUGGGUACACUGAUCUCCCCAGCAGGAUGGCCACCCAGGCCAGCACUCUGUAUUCUAACAAUAUCCUGAAGUUGCUGAAAGCCAUCAGCCCUGACAAGGAAUACUUUUUCUUUGAGCCCAAAGAUGAGUUUGAUUACGGGACAAUGGACCAUGUCAUUCGGGGAACUAUGGUCAUGCAGGAAGGAAAGAAUCUUUUCCCGUCUCCGCUCCCCAAAACCUCCCCACCUGCCGCUCCUGCCAAACAGAAAACGAUCGCUGAAAUUGAAGCUGAGAAACUGAAAGAAAUCUCCCCUUUCAGACGAACCAUGACUUCUGCCGGAGUUUACACAGCAGGCCUCUCUGGGGUUCUUGGCCUUGGCAUCGCCUCUCCUAAUGCUGCCUUCACCCAGAUGGUCACCACAUUUGGGCUGGCGGGGCUUGUGGGAUACCACACGGUGUGGGGCGUCACUCCAGCCCUUCACUCCCCACUCAUGUCUGUCACCAAUGCCAUUUCAGGUCUGACUGCAGUGGGAGGUUUAGUGCUGAUGGGUGGUGGUCUUACCCCUGCCAGCCUCCCUCAAACACUGGCCCUGCUGGCUGCAUUUGUGUCUUCCAUUAACAUUGCAGGUGGCUUCCUUAUCACACAAAGAAUGCUUGACAUGUUCAAGCGUCCCACAGACCCUCCAGAGUACAACUACCUGUAUGCCUUACCUGGCGCUGUCUUUGUUGGGGGGUAUGGGGCGUCUCUUGCCAGUGGCUACAGCAUUGAACAGAUGAUGUACUUGGGCUCCGGGUUGUGCUGUGUGGGCGCUCUGGCAGGGCUGUCUGCUCAGCGCACCUCCAGGCUAGGCAAUUCCCUUGGCAUGAUUGGCGUAGCAGGAGGCAUUGCUGCAACCCUGGGCAGCCUCAAACCUUCUCCUGAGCUGCUCUCUCAGAUGUCACUGGCCAUGGCCAGUGGUGGCACUUUAGGUCUUACCAUUGCCAAACGGAUUGAGAUCACAGACCUGCCGCAGUUGGUGGCUGCCUUCCACAGCCUGGUAGGCCUGGCGGCCGUGCUGACCUGCAUUGCUGAGUACAUGAUCGAGUACCCCCACUUGGACAUGCACCCUGCCGCCAACGUGGUGAAGUCCGUAGCCUACCUGGGCACCUAUAUUGGGGGCGUCACCUUCAGUGGCUCGCUAGUGGCCUACGGCAAGCUGCAAGGCAUCCUGAACUCCGCUCCACUGCUCCUGCCUGGCCGACACGCAAUGAACGCUGGGCUAAUGGCGGCCUCCGUGGGGGGCUUGGUGCCCUUCAUGCUGACUGACAGCUAUACCACUGGCAUGGGCUGUCUGUUGGGUGUCUCUGGGCUCUCAACAAUCAUGGGUGUGACUCUGACUGCAGCCAUCGGGGGCGCUGACAUGCCUGUGGUCAUCACCGUACUCAACAGCUACUCGGGCUGGGCACUGUGUGCCGAGGGCUUCCUGCUGGACAACAACCUUAUGACUAUUGUUGGUGCUCUGAUCGGCUCCUCUGGUGCCAUUCUGUCCUACAUUAUGUGCGUGGCCAUGAAUCGGUCCCUGCCCAAUGUGAUCCUGGGCGGUUACGGGACAACAUCCACAGCAGGAGGAAAGCCCAUGGAGAUCGUGGGGACCCACACAGAGGUCAAUGUGGAGCAGUCCAUUGAGAUGAUUAAAGAGGCCAACAGCAUCAUCAUCACGCCAGGCUGGGGUCUGUGUGCUGCCAAGGCUCAGUAUCCCAUUGCUGACAUGGUGAAGAUGCUACGAGAACAGGGCAAGACUGUCAGGUUCGGUAUCCACCCGGUGGCUGGUCGCAUGCCAGGUCAGCUGAACGUGCUCCUGGCUGAGGCUGGAGUGCCCUAUGAUGUUGUACUAGAAAUGGAUGAGAUCAACGAGGAUUUCCCAGAAACUGACUUGGCAUUGGUUAUCGGUGCAAAUGACACCGUUAACUCUGCAGCACAAGAAGACCCCAAUUCCAUUAUUGCUGGAAUGCCAGUUCUAGAAGUCUGGAAAUCCAAACAGGUUAUUGUGAUGAAGCGAACGCUAGGAGUUGGUUACGCUGCUGUGGACAACCCAAUUUUUUACAAGCCAAACACAGCCAUGCUACUGGGGGAUGCCAAGAAAACAUGUGAUGCGUUGCAGGGUAAAAUCAGAGAGGCCUAUUACUAGAUAUAACCCCUGUACACCUUUGUAUUUUUUCUGAUCAAAUAUGUUUAUGAAUACAUAACAGGUCCCAUUAUGCAGUUUAUAUACAGGAAAAUUCAUUCAAUUUUUCCCCUUACAAACUAGCAAAGAUUAAAAUGAAAUGAAGAUUAAAUUGAGGUUGUGGCAAUGUGAAGUUGUGAUUACCUGAUCUGAUGAACUUGCUUAAUUUAUCCAAGUGCAUGCACUGAUCUGAUUUGUAAAUAAUAAAGUCUAUUUACUUGUGAGAACA